AUGAACAUCAAGCGUUUCAAAGAAAAUGGACUAAGUAAAGAUCCAGUAAAAGGAAUAAACGGUCGCUUUGUAACCGACCAGCGCAUCGUUCACGAUUCGCAGGGAUCAAAGAUCCGGUUUCUUCCUCAAGACGAUAGUAUCAUCGCAGCCACGAGUUCCUUUGGUUCUGUUUUAGUCUACAACCUGCGCGAGCAUGAGAAGUCCCCCUUUGACCACACCGCACACCCCCAACACACAUUCGCACUCCAAAAUUCUUCCAUUUCUAAUGGUUCUAAUGGUUCUAAUGGUUCUAAUGGGUCCAAUGGGUUCAAUGGGUCCAAUGGGUCCAAUGGGUCCAAUGGGUCCAAUGGGUCCAAUGGGUCCAAUGGGUCCAAUGUAUCCAGUGCAUCCAGUGUAUCGAGGGUUUCCCCCGUGUCCAGCGUGUCUUGGUGCUUUUCGGAGCGAGCCAGUCUGGCAGCAUGCUGCGAAGGCCACGUGUGCGUGUUCGAACUGAACGACUCGCCUUCUGCCUCUCCGCUUCUCGACUACACCGAGCAAAAAGGCCUGCUCCACGAUGUGCAAUGGCACCCCUUCGACAGCAACGAGCUCGCCGCCUGCGGAGCCAACUCCUAUGUCUUCUUCUACGAUCGCCGGAAGCCCGGAGCGCGGCUCCAGCUGCAGGCGCACAAGCGAGCCGUUCAUCGCAUCGCCUUCAAUCCCAUCGAGCGGUUUCUCUUCGCGACCGCAUCGGCCGAUGCCACGGUCGCGUUGUGGGAUUCGCGGAAUACGACGCGUCCGCUGCACUCUCUGUUCGGACACAGCGCAGCGGUGCGAUGUCUGGAGUGGAGUCCGUUUAAUGCGGGCGUGCUGGCGAGCGGGGGAGAAGAUGAGAAGGUGUGCAUCUGGGACUUAAAUCGGGUGGGAUCGCAGCCUUCGGAAGAGCUGGUGUUUGUGCAUGGCGGACAUACUGCACCGAUCUCGGAAAUCGCUUGGAAUCCGAACGAUGUGUGGACACUAUCGACAAUCGCCGAAGAUCGAGUGAUGCAGAUAUGGAGACCUGCCCAACAUCUUAUUCCUAUUUAG